AUGAGAGGGUUACCACCCGCUGUCAGUUACACCGGCGGCGUUCCCGGCUUUGAAGCCACUGCCACUGCCGCCGCCACUGACGCCGAUGCUGACGUGGCAGCAGUGGGGACCACAAACGAAAAUCCCACACCAAUUCCCCCCAGGCCCGAUCCUAAAGCCUCUCACGUGCUUGCUUACACUCAGCAACUCGCCUCCCUCCAUUCCCACACGGCCGCCAGCAUCGGCCUCUCCCCUUCCGAUCUCCUUUACUCCUACACUUACCUAAGUAACGCGUUUUGCGUCUCACUCACACCCUCCCAGCUGCAUCGGCUCAAACGCCAUCCAGCCGUCGAUCGAAUCGAGCCGUCGAGAUCGCUCGCUCCCCUCACUACAAUCACACCCGCCUUUCUCAACCUCUCCUCUGUAGUCUGGAAAGGUCUCGGCGGGGCGAACCGGGCAGGGGAAAACGUGAUUAUAGGCGUGGUGGACUCGGGUAUUUGGCCGGAGCACCCCGCGUUUUCCGGGCGGGGGUAUCUCCGCCCGAAAAGGACCUGGCGGGGCAAAUGCGCGGCGACCAAAGACUUUAAAGCCACCUCCUGCAAUAACAAAAUCAUCGCCGCUCAAUUCUUCUCAGCGGCUUACCUCAAGGCAAACAAGGGGUAUCCGAAGGGGGAAUACGCCUCCCCUAGGGACAGCACGGGGCACGGCACUUGGUGUGCCGGCGCUGCGGCCGGCAACAGCAAUAUUCCCUUCAGGGUGGGCCCGCGGAGCCGCGUGAUUGGUCGGAUGAGCGGCAUGGCGCCGCGGGCGAGAAUAGCGGUGUACAAGGCGGUGUGGGGGGGGGAGAGCAGCGUGGGCGAUGUGAUGGCUGCUGUGGAGCAGGCUGUGCGGGACGGCGUCGACGUGCUGCUGUUGCCCAUUGGGAGCACCGACGAUGAUUACUUCAACUCCGCGUUCCUCCUUAGAGCUGUUCAGGGUGGGGGAGAGCAGCGUGGGCGAUGCGGGAGUGUUUCUGGUGGCAGCAGCGGGCAACCAAGGCAUGGCUGGCACCGGGGGCAAAGCAGCACCCGCCCCUCUAUCCCUCCACGCCACACCAUCACCACCUCACACUCCCCGUCCCCCCUGUUUUCACUCCCUUGCUUUGUUCCCUUCCUCCCAUCUCAACGCCAGGCGGGAGUGUUUGUGGUGGCAGCAGCGGGUAACGAAGGCAUGGCACCGGGGGCAAGGCAGCAGCGCACACUUGCCAACGUGUCUCCGUACAUCUUCACUGUUGCUGCCAGUGGCGUUCCGCGGGAGUGGCAAGCAAAGAUCACGCUGGGCGACGGGAAGUGGUACACGGGCAUCACACAGCAAGGGGGCGACCUCAGGUCCACCACCAACCUCCCUCUUGUUGAUGCUAAGAUGGCUGGCACGGCCAAGGCUCUGCCUCAGGAGGCCGAGCAGUGUCGAAUGGGCACACUAGACCCCACCAAGGUCAUCGCAGCAGCCGUGCCGUGCUGGCACGGCGGCGUGCCAGUGGAGGAGAAGGCGCUGGCUCUAUUACCCCCCUUUCCUAUACCUCCUCCUUCUUGCCCUCUCCAGGCAGAGCAGUGUCGAAUGGGCACUCUAGACCCAGCCAAGGUCAUCGGAGCAGCCGUGCUGUGCUGGCACGGCGGCGUGUCAUUGGAGGAGAAGGCGCUGACGGUGCAGACAGCUGGCGGCAAGGUGGUGCUGCUGGUGGUGCAGAGCCCGCGGCAGUACGUGCGGUCCGUGACCGGGGCGUUCCCGGGGGUGACGUUUGGCAUGACCAUCUCGCAAGCGAUCAAGGACUAUCUGAAGAACGACAGCAACACCAAGCCCACAGUGUCAAUCUCCCCCGUACUCUACACCCUCCCCAAGGGCACGCUCGCGCCAGUCAUGGCAUACUUCUCCUCCUCCGGCCCGCCCCUCGACCCCUGGGUCUCCAUGCCCAAGAACCCCACCGUCACCAACGAAAUCCUCAAACCCGACAUCACCGCCCCCGGCCUCGCCCUCCUCUCCUCCACCAACGCCGGCAACGCCGCCUCCCCCGGUUUCAAGCUCGACAGCGGCACCUCUGCUGCUGCUUCUGUCGCUGCAGGCGUGGCGGCGCUGCUGAUUCAGAAGUACCCCCGGUGGACCCCGGGAAUGGUGAAAUCUGCAAUGAUGACGAGUGCUUCGGUGAAGGAUAUGUGGGGGAAGGGGAUCCGGUCGUGGGAUUGGACGUAUGCCUCCCCGUGGCAGUUCGGCUCGGGGCAUAUUACCCCGGGAAAAUCCUUAAAUCCAGGGCUAGUUUACGACGUCCGGGCGGCAAACUACAUCAAUUUCCUCGCGGGGUUGGACGCGAAAAAGGCCAAGGCGGCCUUUCCGGCAGCGGCGCUCUCUCCUCUCGAGACGUACAACCUGAACCAGCCGAAUAUCGCUAUGGGGAGGAUGAAAAAGACGGUGAACGUGACCCGGUGGGUGACAAACGUGGAGUUCAAAACAUCAACGUAUAAGGUGUACCUGGUCAAGCCUGAUGGGGUGAGCGUGUCGGUGAGUCCGUCGAAGCUGACUCUGAGGCCCGGGCAGCGGGCGGCGUAUAACGUGACGAUUAUUCCCAAGGCAGUUCAGAAGAACUUCACGUUUGGGAGCAUCACGUGGAAGGACGGUGUUCAUGAGGUGCGGAGCGUGCUGGCCGUCCAGCCCAUUGAGAUCAAAUCCAAGUGA